AUGACGGAAGCUGCAAAGAAUGGCUCAGAGACCAUUGAGAUGGAGAACGCUCCGGCUUCUCAGCCUGUUUUCCUAGCAGAGAAGCUCCAAGAUGGCGAUGAGGCGUUGGAGAUUCUCCAGAACCAAUAUGUCGAAUAUACUCCAGAAGAAGAGAGAAAAUUGAGGUGGAAGAUUGAUCUUCGACUGGUAUCUGUCAUGUUGAUUGUCAAUGGAAUUCAGUUUGUCGACAAAUUGACUAUUGGAUAUGCUGCGACUUAUGGUCUCGUCACCGAGGCGCACCUGAUUGGGCAGGAGUAUAGCCUGCUGGUCACGAUAUUUUACCUUGGUUAUCUUGUCGCGCAAUACCCGACCAGCUAUCUCAUGCAACGAUUCCCUACCGGUCGUUAUCUUACAGUGAACUUCAUUCUCUGGGGUGUUGUACUGGCAGCUACUGGAAGUGCCACCACUUUUCCUUCGUUGGCUGCCGCCCGAUUCUUCCUCGGCGUCUUCGAGUCAUGCUUGAACCCUGGUUUCGUGCUGAUUUCUUCAUCUUGGUGGAAACGUGAAGAGCAGGCAGCUCGCAUCGGUCUUUGGUACAGCGCAAACGGUCUGGCGUCGUUGCCUGCUGGCGUUUUGUUCUGGGCUAUCGCACAUAUUGAUGUCGAUGGCAUGUUCCCAUACCAAUGGAUGUUCAUCAUAUUUGGUAUCCUGACUGUCCUGAUCGGCGCCAGUCUCUGGUGGAUUCUUCCCGACUCUCCGAUGAAGUGCCGGUGGCUCAACGAUCGUGAGCGUAUCAUUGCUGUCCAGCGUCUCAAGGACAAUCGCACCGGAGUCAAGAACAACCACCACAAGAAAGAGCAAGUUGUCGAAGCUCUCACCGAUUAUCGCGUGUGGAUGUUGUUGUUCGCCGUCUUCUGUCACAACAUGACAAACAGUCUGCAGACCAACUUCACUGGAAUUAUCAUCAAGGGAUUCGGUUAUAGCACUUACCAAUCUGUUUUAUUACAGAUUCCCGUGGGAGCAAUCAUGGCCGUCGCAAUGAUCCUCUGUGGCUUCUUCCUCUCCUCAAGAUGGGGCCAAGGAAAACAGAUCAUAACCAUUAUCUGCUGCUAUUUCCCCGGAAUCAUCGCAUGUGGCAUCCUCUACGGAGUCCCCGUGAAAUCAGACACUCUGAGCGCCCACCUGGCUGCCAUAUUCCUAAUUCCGAUCGUCGCCACCGCCGGUGGAUUGAUGUACUCCUUGCUGGCAGCCAACAUCGCCGGAUACACCAAGAAGACUGUGACCGGAACAUUGUUCUUCUCAGCCUACUGUGUGGCAAACAUCAUCUCCCCACAGACCUUCCUCAGCUCGCAAGCCCCUCUCUACACAACCGGAGUCUUUGUGACCCUCGCCGCCUUCAUCAUCAACAUCAUCCUCUUUUCAGCCCUUUACAUCGUCUACUCUCGCGACAACGCAGCCCGCAAGCGCGAAAUGGAAGAAAUCGGAGAACUGGACGAAGCCAGCGAUCUAGCAAACGCAUUCUCUGAUCAAACAGACCGACACAACCGAAUGCUGAUUUACAAGAUCUAA